AUGAGUUCCGUUGGUGUAUUUCGUGAGGAAGAAAUCGAUGGAAAUCCAUUUCACAAAUAUUUCGGUGAUCUCGACCUCCCUCCUCUUCAGCCUCUUUUCCUCUGUCCUUCUUUACGUCUCAUAGUUCAGAAGGAGAACUAUACUUUUUCUGAUUUUUUCGCGUACAAGAUUUCCCCUCACUUCCACAACACUGAUCAACAAGUCCAGCAGCAGUUGCUUGGUUCCUACCGCCAUGAUUCCAACUGCGAUGAUUCGGACUGCGAUGAUUCCGACCACGAUAAAGAAAUCUGUAAGCUCCCUGUUGUCCCUAUCUUUUGGUGCAACAGUAAAGAACCUGAUCACCAUCAAUUCAGUUGCGGUGCAUGCAUAGACUCGAUGCUUGGCACAGACUAUUAUCUCUGUCCCACAUGUAAUAAAAUGUUCCACAAAGAAUGUGUGGAAUCUCCACUUGAGAUCAAACACCCUUCAUAUCCCUUAUUUUCUCUCCAACUUUACCAUUCUCCCACGUUAUUGGACUUUUGCAUAUGUUGUAAACUAGUUCUCUAUUUCACGGUGUAUCAUUGUCCCACAUACAAUUUUAAUAUGCAUCCAGUUUGUGCGCUGAAACCAAUACCCAUUGUUAUAGACCACCCAAAAAGCCAUCCCCACCCACUCACCUUAUUCCCCAAACAAGCUUCCUUACUUUGCGAUGUUUGUGGCCUCACUGAAAAAUCUUUUCCCACUUAUGUUUGUGCUCGAUGUGUCUUUGUAGUCCACCAAUGUUGUAUAUAUAUCCCACAUGUCAUAAAAAUACCAUCUCGUCACCAGCACCGUAUCUCUUUUAUCCCUUCUCUUCCAUCUGGAAAAUGGUCUUGCGGAGUUUGUCGUAAAAAGGUUGACAACAGUUGUGGUGCAUAUUCAUGCUGCAAAUGUAGUCACUAUUUUGUUCAUACAAGAUGUGCUUUGCGGAGUGACAUCUGGGAUGGAGUGGAUCUCGAAGGAGUACCUGAGGAACCUGAUAUAAUUGUCGAGCCAUUCGAGACGAUUGCUGAUGGAAUAAUACUCCAUUUUACUCAUAGCCAUCAUCUCAAACUCGAGAUCAGCAGAGUUUACAACGACGAUAAGUUUUGUCAAGCGUGCAUCCUUCCAAUCUACGAGGGUAAUUAUUAUUCUUGUAUGGAUCGAUGUGACUUUGUCUUCCAUGAAGCAUGUGCGCAUGCUCCUCGCAAAAUACACCAUGCAUUACACCUCCACCCACUUACGCUUAAAAUCUCUGGUGAACAGAAAUCCUAUAAAGAUUUCUUCAAGUGUUAUGCUUGUUUUCGCUAUAGUUAUGGUUUUGUCUAUGAAAUUGGAGAUUACAGACUAGAUAUAAGGUGUGCCUUGGUUUCUGAACCAUUUGAAUAUAAAGGCCAUGAGCAUCCAUUAUUCCUAGCUUUGGACCAAGAACAAGAAUGGAAAGCAACUUGUCAGAUCUGCCAAGAGCAACAAAAGUUUCAUCGAAAACUGAAUUGCAUCGAGUGCGAGUAUGUUAUAUGCUUCAAAUGUGCUACUUUACCAUACAGAGCAAGGUAUAAGCAUGACAAACAUUUCCUCACAUUUCAGAAAGGGAAAGAAGGAAGUGAUCAAUUAGACUGGUGUGAGGUAUGCGAAAGAAAAAUAGUAUACUCAAAUAAAGAUGGGUUCUAUGAAUGCCAUGACUGCUGCAUCACUCUUCAUGUUCAUUGUUUGCUUGGGAGAGAACCGUAUAUGCAGAAACCUGGUCAAACUAUAAUGAGUUCGGGCUGGGAAUAUCAUAUUCUUCCCAACAAUACCCAGUCUCGACCAUUCUGCUAUAAUCAUGAUGAAGAUCGUUGUCCACACAAAGUAGUUUUCAAAUGGAAGGACGUGACAUUUUGUUCUUACCGUUGUGAUCAAGAUUAA